CGAUCUAAACCGCUUUACUCUACACAGAAUAAUCUUCUUCUUCAUCAUUCUUCACUUUCCUUCAACGAUCCACACAAAAUGCUUGCGAUUUUCGACAAAUCGGUUGCUAAAAGCCCAGAGGGUCUCCAAACCCCUGAGUCAAACUCUGUUUCAGCCUUAAAAGACGGCUUUCUCCCACAACAUUUCUCGUCUGUUUACCCUGGCUCCGUCACCGUUAACCUUGGUCCUUCUGGUGUCUUGGCCUAUUCUCUUAAUCAACAGAACUUUCUCCUCCCAAGGCUGUUUGCGGUUGUGGAUGACAUUUUCUGCUUGUUUCAAGGCCACCUUGAUAAUGUUGCUAAUCUAAAGCAACAAUAUGGCUUGAAUAAGACUGCAAAUGAAGUGAUCAUUGUGAUAGAAGCGUAUAGAACAUUAAGAGAUCGCGGUCCUUAUUCUGCAGCUCAGGUCGUGAGAGAUUUCCAGGGAAAGUUUACAUUUAUCCUGUUUGACAGUGGCGCUAAAACCACAUUUAUUUCUGCGGAUGCUGAUGGGAGUGUUCCCUUCUUCUGGGGUACUGAUGCUGAUGGAAAUCUUGUUCUUUCUGAUGAGACAGAGACUGUAACUAAGAGCUGUGGGAUAUCAUCUGCACCAUUCCCAAAAGGAUGUUUCUUUACAACAUCUGGAGGUUUGAGCAGUUUUGAGCAUCCACUGAAUGAAUUGAAGCCUGUACCGAGGGUUGACAGUUCCGGCCAAGUAUGCGGUGCAACUUUCAAGGUGGAUGCAGAUGCUAAGAAGGAACCAACUGGCAUGCCAAGGGUUGGGAGUGCUGCUAACUGGUCUAAUGAUAUCUAAUUGCAAUUCUAUUUGUUUGAACUAAGGCUUUUUAUCAUAGCUGUACUCAUUGAAUUUUCGAGUUCUGGUUUUCUGUUCUCAUUCUAUGAUAGUGAGGAGUCUGUUACCAUCAUAUGAUAGCUUGAGGUUCUAAUCUAUUGAGACUUGGCUUAUCAUAUUAGUUUGCUGAACUGAGAUAUGAUUUGAUGAUUAUACAAGUUGCUUGCAAGCAAAUACUGAGAUUAUACUCAGUUGACACAUAUCAUGUAAUAAUAUUGACUUGCGCUCUGAUUCAUCAUAAAGUGAAGAUUAUUUACUA